AGAAACUUUACUCUUCUGACUAACACCGUUUCUCUCAAACCCCCGCCUUUCGGUUUUCAUUCAAAAAUCAAAACUCCAAACCCUCGAAUAGGCUUUUGCGGUUCCACCGCCAUGGACGAUGAAGUAGACCCGAUUUCCCUCUACAUGGCUCUUGAUCAAUGGCAAGAUGAAGACGACCUCUAUCAGUCAUCACAGUCGUCAUCGGAGACCUAUAUGCUCGGCUUCGUCAUCGCCAACAUAGUGGGUCUCCGGUACUACCGAGGCAAAAUCAGUGGCCGGGAAAUGGUGGGUCUUGUGCGAGAACCUCUGAAUGUUCACGACUCAAAUGCAAUUAAAGUCCUUAAUACAAGAACUGUUCAGGUGGGUCACGUAGAGCGGGGUGUGGCUGCUGUUCUUGCGCCUCUGAUGGACGCCCACUUGAUUUCUGUUGAAGGUAUAGUGCCCAAUACUCGAAGUAGUGGUAAUAAGUAUAAGAUUCCUUGUCAAAUUCAUAUCUUUGCUAGAAUGGAGGCGUUUCCUACUGUAAAAGCCGAAAUCUCGCGAGGUGGGUUGACGUUGAUUUCAGACUCUAGUGCGUCUUUCACUUUGUCGGAAGCUGUGGUGGUGAAAGAGAAGAAGGGUGCUGGGGAAUUGAGGAGUGUGGAUGAGAUUUUCAAUUUGGCUGACGAGAAAGUGAGUAAGAGGGGUGAAUUGGAGAUUAUGGAGGCCCCAGAGGAGGUGAUAAAAUCAGAUCUUUUUGUGCACCAGAAGGAGGGGUUAUGGUGGCUAUUUAACAGGGAGAAUUCUGUUGAAUUGCCUCCUUUCUGGGAGGAGAAAGAUGGUGAAUUUGUUAAUGUGUUGACAAAUUAUAGGACUGAUAAGAGGCCGGAGCCUUUACGUGGAGGGAUUCUGGCAGAUGAUAUGGGGUUAGGAAAAACUCUAACUUUGCUUUCUCUGAUUGCAUUUGAUAAAUAUGCUAGUUCUAGUCCUGCUAGCAGUGAUGAUGUUGGAAAGGGAAAAGAAAUUGCUGAGGAGGAUGGAUUUUCUACUUCAGAUGGUAAAAAAGGAAAGAGGGGUAGAGUUACUAGAAAGGGAACUGGGACACGAAAAAGGGCUAAGACCAAAGGUACUAGCUUUGAUGGGAAUGCACAAGUGAAAUCUCUGGGUGCUAAUGAAUCUCUUACUUUGGGUAGGAGGACAACAUUAAUUGUGUGCCCUCCUUCCGUAUUUUCAUCUUGGAUGACACAGCUCGAAGAGCACACUUGUCCUGGAAAGUUGAAGGUGUAUAUGUAUUACAGGGAAAGGACACAAGAAGUGGAGGAGCUUAAGAAAUAUGAUAUAGUGUUGACAACUUAUAGUACUCUGGCUACUGAAGAAUCUUGGUCAGAGUCCCCAGUGAAGAAGAUGCAGUGGUGGCGAGUAAUAUUAGAUGAAGCACAUAUGAUUAAGAAUGCAAAUGCUUGCCAAAGUAGAGCUGUAACUAAUUUGAAUUCCAAGUGCAGAUGGGUAGUCACAGGAACACCUAUCCAGAAUGGUUCUCACGAUUUAUAUUCUUUGAUGGCUUUUCUGCAGUUUGAACCAUUUUCAAUUAAGAGUUACUGGCAAAGUUUGGUACAAAGACCCCUUGCACAAGGGGACAAGAAAGGGAUUUCACGUCUGCAGACUCUAAUGGCAACCAUUUCAUUGCGAAGAAUAAAAGAGAAAGGUUUGAUUGGUUUGCCACCUAAAACAUUGGAGAUACGUUAUGUUGAACUUUCUGAGGAAGAACGUGAAUUGUAUGAUCAGUUUGAAGGACAGGCUAAAAGUGUUAUUCAGGGAUUUAUUAAGGAUGGUAGUCUAACACGUAACUAUUCAACUGUGCUUGGAAUAAUAUUACGUCUUCGCCAGAUCUGCACUAGCUUGGCCCUGUUACCUCCAGAUUUGAGAUCCUUAUUCCCUUCUAGCAAUAUUGAAGAUGUCUCAAACAAUCCAGAGUUGCUGAAAAAAAUGGUUGCAGUGCUACAAGAUGGUGAAGAUUUCGAUUGUCCAAUUUGUAUCUGUCCUCCAACUGACAUGGUAAUUACAUGUUGUGCUCAUAUCUUUUGCCGAUCCUGCAUCCUCAAAACCUUACAGCGUACAAAACCCUGUUGCCCCCUCUGCCGUCAUCCUUUAUCACAGUCUGACCUCUUUUCAGCACCUCCAGAGUCUUCUGUUGCCAAUGAUGCUAUUGCAUCAUCUUUGAAGGACACAGUAUCUUCAAAAGUUUCUGCUCUCAUAGCUCUCCUUCAAAAGUCACGAGAAGAAAACCCAACCAAAAAAUCUGUUGUUUUUUCUCAGUUUCGUAAGAUGUUGAUAUUACUUGAAAAGCCCCUGGAAGCUGCUGGUUUCAAGUUUUUACGUUUGGAUGGGUCAAUGAAUGCAAAAAAGAGAGCAGAAGUUAUUCAAGAAUUUCAAGUUCCAGGACCAGGUGAACCAACAGUUUUGCUUGCAAGUCUCAAGGCUUCAGGUGCAGGUAUCAACCUUACAGCUGCAUCUACAGUCUACUUGUUUGAGCCUUGGUGGAAUCCAGCUAUUGAAGAACAGGCUAUGGAUAGGGUCCAUCGGAUUGGGCAGAAGGAAGAUGUGAAGAUUGUGAGGCUGGUUGCUCGUAACAGCAUUGAAGAGAGGGUAUUGGAGUUGCAAGAGAGGAAGAAGAAAUUGGCUAGGGAAGCUUUUGGGAGGAAAGGCUCCAAAGAUCGGAGAGAGGUCAGUGCAAAUGAUCUCCGUAUUCUCAUGUCCCUCUGAUCAGUUCUCCUUAGACGGGUAUGUUAUGUUCACAUGUCUGCCCUAUCAUAGGAACAUUUUACUCUUUUGAUGUCCAUGCAAUGUACAAAUUGCUCCUGGUGUAUAUCUAGCUCAUGAUAUCCAGGUCUAUUGUGCAGUUCUUAGAAAGUACUUAUGAGCGUUAGCUUGGAGUUAUGUAGUGACCAGUUUUUGCAAAUGUUUCUAUGAUGGCAACCGCAGAGACAGACUUUAUAUGAAAUGAAUGAAUGAUGGAAGU